AACGAAGUAAACCGACACUGAACCAGUCAACAUAUUUUAGAGGAAGUUGACAUUGUUUCUAUGCGAAAUUUUUGAAUAGCGGAUUUUAUUGGUCUGUGCAUCAUAAAUCUGAGGACGAUUAUAUUUCUCAACAUGCGAGUAUGGAGUCAGCCAGCUUAAAGCAGCAGUUUGAGGUGUUGCAGGAGCAGCAGCAGAAAAAGUUGGAAAGACGUAAACAGAAGAAAGAUGAGAAGGAGAAAGAGACCACGACUAACGCAUCUGGAGCAUUCGGUGUCGACGAUGGACUCAAUUUGAAGCUCGCUGACACAUCCAGCAGCUAUUUGUCACAAGAACUGGUGGAUCAUCUCAACGAUCAAAUCAGGGAAACAAAAGAUGAAAAUGGUCGAUUAUACAAACUUUUAAGUGAAAGAGAUUUUGAAAUAAGAAACAUGAAGCGGAAAAGAGAAGAAGAGAAGUCUGCAUUAGGAGGCAUGCAUGUUACUAAUGAGACGGCAGCUACUAAGAUAAUCGAACUCUCUAAGAAAGUCCGAGAGUUGACGGCGGAACUGGAGAGUGAGAAGACAAGAGUUAAGCAGUCACAGAAGAAGUACUAUGAACUUCAACAACAAGUAGCUCAAAGCUCAAACUUGCAGUCGUCUGAUACCCGGUCUGUUCUGAGUUCUGCCGUCAGUUUACAGUCCAGAUUUGCUGAUGAGAAGAGCGACGAUGGGUCGGUGGAUGUGAAGUUGUUACAAGACAGACUUAAAUACUCGGAGUCGAAGCUGGCCGAAUACCGCAACCAGUGCCAGGCUCUCAAACAGGAGAUCAAAAUACAGAACAAGAUUCUGCAGAAGGAGCUAGGUGACAGCGUCAACGUUCAGUCUCUUCUCAGUACUAACAGUACGUGGCGAGGACGAGCCCAGCAGAUUCUUACUCUACAGAAUAAGGUAGAAGACCUGAAAGCCCAGCUGGAGGCUCAGCAGUCUAAAGAAGCCGCCUUCGAAGAUCAGUUCACGGGAAAGUCGUCGGCUCGACGCAAGACACAGGAUGAUAAGUACAAGGAGGAACUGAAGAAGUUGGAGAGAGAGAGGAAGGAGAACAAAGAGAGAGCUGCCGCUGAACUGAAAGCCUUAGAAGAAGAGCACGCAGCUUUAAAACAGAAAAUAGACGCUACGAAGGCAAGGAACCAGGUGUUAUCUAGUGAAAUGAAGAGUAUGAAACAGAGGAUGUCGACCCUGUUGGAGAAAGGACAGAAUGACGACGAACUUAUUCAAGCUUUGAUGAAACAGCAGAGUCAGCUGAAGCAGCUGCUGGAUGACAGCAACCACCGCCACGAGCAGCGUAUGUCGCAACAGCAGGAGGCGUUGAAGGAGUUCACCGUCAAACACCAGCACGACAACAACGUGGUCGAACAGCUCCGGCUCAUCGCCGCCGACCGCGAGGCACGCAUGAGGGAACUCGAGCUUGAGAUCGAACGGCUCAGAGCAAACUACUGGCAGAUGAGUGGAGAUUGCCAGGGGUCCCUGGAUACCCAGUUAGCACCGGGUGGUCAACCAGGACCUGUGAUAGAAGACACGACAGUCACUUUGUCAUCGGUAACUCCACCGGCUUCCAGACAGAGUGAGAGACCGCAGACAGUGAACAGUGUAAUAAACAGUGCCAGAUCAACCUCUCGUCAGUCCACCCGUCCAGAGUCUGUGAGAAAUGGUGUCCAUGGUGACAUGGUGUACCAGUGUCAGGAGUACCAGAUGAUGAUGCAGGCCGCACAGGUGGAACGGGAAAAACUGGCAGAGCUGGUGCAGAUUCUUCAGAAGAGAAAUAACGAGAUGACGCUCAAACUGACCCAGAUCCAAACAGAUCUCAUCCAGCAGAGACGGACCAACGUCAAUUUGGAGAAACAACUGGGCAAAUCAAAACUACAAGAUCCAAACUCUAAGUCAAAUUUAACUUCUAACAAUCGUGGCCGUAAAGCAUCCGGCAACACUACCAGCCAAGAUCCAGUUAUUCCUGUCAGUGAGGUGGAAGAUUCUCAAAAUGUCAACAUUCCUGAACUUCAAGCAAAUCUGGAGAUUCAGAAAGACGAGAACGAUGCUCUAAAGGCGGCUCUACACAGCACACUGCAAGCGAAGGACGAGGACCUGAGGCUGUACUCGGCCACCAUGGAGGAGACAAAGUCCGUGUUUUUGCAGGCGUUAAGACAGGUCAAACAGCGGGGUUCCCUAACGUCAUCAUAGCAACAAAAUGGUGGCAAAUGGGAAUACAUCAGAUUCUGCCUGGAUCAUCACUUGAUGUCACAGUACAACAGAACUUGAUAUCACAGUACAACAGAACUUGAUGUCACAGAACAACAGAACUUGAUGUCACAGUACAACAGAACUAUGUCACAGUACAACAGAAAUCAAUGUCACAGUACAACAGAAAUCAAUGUCACAGUACAACAGAACUCAAUGUCACAGUACAACAGAACUCAGUGUCUCGUUAUAAAGAUGAUUUAUGUUUUAUUUUCAGCAUCUUCAAGUGUCUUUCACAUAAAAAAAAAAAAAACAACAUUUUGAUACGAAUUAAAGCCUGUUUUUGCUGUACAUAUUAUUACAAUGCUUAAACAUGUACGUUUAACAUCACUGAUGUAUUUAUCUUAGUUUGACACCCAAUAGAUGAUGUAUUUUUCGUGCUGGGGUGUCGUUAAACAUUCAUUCAUUCAUUCAUUCAUGUGCGUUUGAGAAAAACAGGCUUUGUAAAUUCGACUUGAUGUUUUUGUUCACAGUAAGUAGUAUGUUAUACUAUUAAAUACUUCACCUCAAAAGCCAUCCAUUUAAUAUGUUACAGUUAAUGUAGUGGUCUCCAGCUAUAUAAUAUAUAUAUAUAUAUAUAACCAGUUUGGCAUAAUCCAGUUUUUAUUUGUUCAAGCAUUAAAUUUAUGACAUCAUAUACACGAUUGUAACAUAUUACGCAAAUUGAAAUGGAUUACCAGUAUAUUUUUAAUGGGUUACCUUUAAAGUUUAAUGGGUUACCUGUAAAGUUUUCAUGGGUUACCUGUAAAUUGAAAUGGGUUACCAGUAUAUUUUUAAUGGGUUACCUGUAAAGUUUUAAUGGGUUAUCUGUAAAGUUUUAAUGGGUUACCUGUAAAUUUUUAAUGGGUUAACUGUAAUCUACUUAGGUAUAACCGAUAGGUGGUUCAUGCAUUCAGUUCCAAGAGGCCAGUUUUAAUGCAUGAUUUAUUUUUGUUGUUUUAUUUCUGAGGCUGCCAUUUUUUUUAAACAGUCUCUUUCAAAACUGUCAGUGGGAGUUGUACAUAAACUGAGGUCUAAUACCCAUAGAUGCCAACCUUUACUGAUCAACACCUGUAAGACUGUGGACAGAAAUCCAUAAGAAAUUCAUAAGCGAGCUGCAAAAGGACGGGGAACUGAUGAUUUUAAAUUCAAGGCAACAUGAAAAUGAAAAUCAAGACUAUUAACAAGUACAAUUUUGAUUAGUGCACAUAUAUCCGCUAGGUGGCACCUCUCGUCCAAAAUAAAUAUGACAAAAUGGCCGUUUCCCGAUUCACGAAAGGACAAUGAAAAUCACGAAGGAUCACAAAGGAUGGCUUACUUAGAUGAUGAGGAGUCAUGUAAAAAUAAUAAUAAAAAAAAUUAAAACCUGAAAAUGUGUGUUACCCGUAAGGAAUUUGUUAUACGCCAGUAAGACUGUCAAAUGCUAAAAAAAUCUGUAAGUCUUACGGGUGAUCCGUAAGAGUUGACAUGUAUGCCAAUACCUGUACUAGUGUAGAAGACAAUAUUUGAAAAUCUUAGGUAACCUGUAGUCAGUCAGCAUGAUUUGUCCCUAUAGUCCGUCCCAUCAUUCUGUUAAAAAAAAUUUUGUAAAUAAUUUCAGUUUGGUUUGACAUAAGAAGAAAAGUAAAAUUGUUUUGGAAAUGACAAAGAAAUAAAAUUUGUGUGUGCAAUUUA